CUGAUAGGUGUCUACCUAGUGUUGACUGGAGAGGUUUACAAAAAGUUUUUGUACCUUUGAAUGUUGAUGGGAUGCAUUGGGUUUUAGCGGAAGUUGACCUACAUGCAAAAUUGGUACGUGUAUAUGACUCCAUGAGAACAAGUAGGUCAAUGUUGCAUGCGGCGCAUUUGUGUGUGAGACUUCCGCUACUCUUCCGAUUCAUACAAGCCCACCCAGAUCUUUCUAAGGUAGAGCAUUGGAAUGCUCAGCUAGCUGCAGAUGUUCCACAACAAGAGGGAGGAACUGUUUGCGGACUGAUGGUUGUUUGUUAUGCUGAGGCUUUGUUGUUGGGACUUCCCUUGACGCCACAUUGCGAGUAUGCGAACGUGGCUACAAAGAGAUGGCACUUUGCGCUACGCCUUUGGAGUUUGAGGAAGCCAGUUUCUUAGAA